AUGGAUCUCCCUCCUAAUACACUUUGCGCCAAGUGCUUUAAGGCUUUAAGUGCCAAAUCGAUAGCCUGCCACGUUUGUAGAGCUAAAUAUCAUUUUUUCUGUGCGGACAUUGAUGCAAAUAUUGCCGAACUUUUUAUUAAAAACGCGAACUUAGUUUUCAACUGCAAUGAUUGUUUGCGUCUCACUUCUAAUCUAAUUGCUGGCAUUUCAUCUUUAAAAACUGAAGUAAGAGAACUCAAGCUCUUAAUCGACUCUUCACUGAGAGCAGAAGUGCACGAAUUGAAGCAAAUAAUAGAGAACAACAAGCAAACUGAAAAAAAACAACGGCAUCAACAUAACUCCAAUCUUAAUACUGCAGCAGUGAGGAGCCGUGAUGUUGUUGGUAAGGUUCAAAGUACAAAUGCCCCUGUCGCUGCUGCUGUCGAACAUUCGUUGAACGUAAACAACAGCCAACAUGUUGUGCCAUACGCGUCAUCUGUAUCAUCGCUUAACACAGUAGAUGCUAAUGCUGUUGAUAAUGAUGAUGCUGUGUUUGAAGCCAACGUCCUACCUAAUUCUAAUUGGGUGCGUGUCCAGAGGCGUAGAAAAAGAAAGGAUAAGGUCAUUUAUGGUGAAAAUAAUACAACAAAUGAAUUGGAUGUUGUUAUUUCUAAGAAAUGGGUGCAUAUUUCAUCUUUUAAGCCAUCAGUUACGAGCGAGCAUAUCACUGACUUUAUUCAAAAGAAUGCUAACAUUGCAAAGUCUAAUAUGGAGUGCUAUGUGCUUGUGAAAAAAGAUGUUGACAUCAAUAGUUUAAAACGCGUCAACUUUAAGCUUGGUGUUACAUCUAAUCAUUACGAUGACGUCAUCAACCCAAAUGGAAUCGCUUCCCCAUUGAUUAAUGAGGUGCAUGGUUUAAAAAUUUACUACCAUAAUCUGUCUGGUAUGCGUACGAAAUCCAAGGAUGUUUUUGAUUUCUCCAAUCAAUUGAACUAUGAUGUUAUUGCUCUUGUUGAAACCUGGUUGAACGAUGACUUUUGUGAUGCUGAGUUCUUCGAUCUAAAUUUAUUUGCUGUUUACCGUAAAGAUAGAAAUGUUUCAAGGACUGGAUAUUCUAGAGGAGGUGGUGUGCUCUUGGCCGUUAAAUCUCAAUACAAGUCAAACUUAUGUGGUUUGGAUGAUGACAGCGGAUUAUUAGACCAAAUUGCUGUAUGCAUAAAUGGUUUAAAUCUUAGCGUUGUAUUAUGUUUGUCUUACAUACCCCCAGGUAGUAGUGCAUCUAUUUAUUCGAAGCAUAUUGAUAAUAUUUUUGCUAUUGAAGUAAGCAUGGGGUCGAAAGCUAAUAUUUGUGUUAUGGGUGAUUUUAAUUUACCUAACAUUUGUUGGUCAAAAUUUGACGACAAUCAUUUUUUAACGCCCACUAAUGUAAACAAGGAUUACGAGGUCAAUUGUAUUGAUACUUUAUUAAGUUUAAAUCUUGUUCAAAUUAAUCAUUUUUCUAAUCAACUUCACCGAUUUCUUGAUCUUAUUUUUGUUCCAAAUGAUUUUAAAUUUAAUGUUUAUGAAUGUUUGGCUCCAAUUUCCCCAUCUAAUCUACAUCAUAUGCCUAUUGUUGUUGAAGUAGGUUAUUUUAACUUUCUAAAAUCAUCACCGUCUCAAAAUCUGGCUCUAAAUUAUAACGUUUGUGAUUUUAAUAUGUUGAAUUCAAUUCUUGGCUCCAUUGAUUGGAUAAAAAUAUUUAAUGAUAAAACAUCAUCAGUUUGUUAUGAUUUUUUUAUAGAAAAAGUCUCUGAUAUACUUAAAUCUAAUGUUCCGUUUAAGAAAAAUAAGCCACAUAAACUGCCUUGGUAUACGACAGGUCUUAAGAAACUUAAAAAUUUACGAAAUAAAUUUCAUAAGCGCUUUUUGGCGCAUGGUGAUCCAGAAGAUUUGGUCCAAUGCAAGCAUUAUCAACGUGAAUUUAAUUUUUUAAAUAAAUUCCUCUAUAAGCAAUACAUUCUGGAUAAAGAGAAUGAAAUUAAAGCCAAUCCUAAAAGCUUUUGGUCUUAUGUUAACUCUAAAAGGAAAACAUCUGAUAUCCCAUCUACUCUCACAUAUAAUGGCUGUACAUCAAAAUCUGGUGUGGACGUGGUUAAUAUGUUUGCUUCUUUUUUCAAAUCUAAUUUUGAUUCUCCCGUAACAAGUAGCGUGGCAGUCCUUGAUUCUGUAUCUGCUAUUAAUUUGGCAAAUAUUUCUGUUUCGGAUGAAGAUGUGUUGGACGCUAUUUUUAAUAUUAAGAAUAGUUUUAAACACGACGCCGAUGGCCUUUGUGCUUAUUUUCUAAAAAAGUGUUCUAUUUGUGUAGCUCCAAUUUUAACUUUCAUUUUCAAUCUCUCUAUUAAGGAGGGUAUAUUUAUUAAUAGAUGGAAAGUAGCAUCAAUUACCCCAGUUUUUAAAGGUGGCAGAAAAGACGAUCAUGGAUUUUUUUCAGGAAGAUCAACUUCAACUAAUUUGGUUCUCUUUACAGAAUAUUGCCUAUCUGCCUUUGAACGUGGCUGUCAAGUUGAAGCCAUUUACACAGAUUUAUCAAAAGCUUUCGAUAAAGUAUCACAUUCUAUAUUGCUCGAUAAAUUACAAGAAUUAGGGUUUCAUUCCAAUUUUCUUUCUUGGAUCGCUUCAUAUCUUCACAACAGAGUGUGUACAGUAAAGGUGGAGAGUUUUGUAUCUUCACCUUAUAUUCAAACUUCCGGUGUGCCUCAGGGUAGUAUCUUGGGGCCACUUCUUUUUAUUUUAUUCAUAAAUGGCAUUUCCUCAUGCUUUUCAACAUCUAGAUUUCUGCUCUAUGCUGAUGAUUUAAAAAUAUUUCAUAAAAUUGAGUCUAUGUCUGAUGUCUUCGAUUUACAGAAUGACUUGGACAAUCUGCUGAAGUUGUCAACUUCGUAUGAGACAUGGCCAAGUCUGAAUGGUGUGCUACAGUGCGACACCUCUUUGGUCUGUGUCACACAACGUUCGAGCAUGGGUGCCAGCACAAUAGCUGUGCGUGUGUAUCAAUACAUAUUGGCAUUGAUAUUCUGCAUUGCAUGUGUAGGAAUGUGUAUGUACGACAGGACACUAAGAGUUGGAGAACCAGUGUAA